GCAAACCUUUGUUUGGCAGGACGUGACGUAUAGUUUGCCGGAAGAGGAACCACUCAGUGAAGUUGUUGUGCCAGUUGCUGGUGGUUUAAUGAAGCCUAAUGAAGCCAUUGAUUCAGUAGCUAUUUAAUAAGGUGAUAAAGGCGACCUGAGAGCAAUGGCAGACCCGGCUCAGGUGAAGAAGGAAGUGGGUUCGGAGUCGGUGUUGAACCCGGAGCAACACCCGAGUACGGAGGAUGAUGCUCCUGUGGCCGAGAGCACAGCGGCAACAGAGUCCGCUUCUCUACUCUCCCAAGAGAAAGAGGGCGAUAAAACGGAGAUGUUCAAGGACUCCGUGGCGGGGGAUGAGGGAGAGGGUUCCUCGGGUUUUAACCAAACUCCAGCCAAAAAAAUGAAAGUGGAGCCGGAGAAGAAAAAGGAGAAACGGCAGAAGGUUGACGAGGACGAGAUUCAGAAGAUGCAGGUUCUGGUAUCGUCUUUCUCUGAAGAGCAGCUGAACCGCUACGAGAUGUACAGACGUUCUGCUUUCCCGAAGGCAGCUAUCAAACGUCUGAUUCAGUCCAUCACCGGAUCUUCAGUCUCGCAAAACGUGGUCAUCGCAAUGUCUGGAAUCUCAAAGGUCUUUGUUGGGGAGGUGGUUGAGGAAGCUCUGGACGUCUGUGAAAAAUGGGGUGAGACCCCACCCCUGCAGCCGAAACACAUGAGGGAGGCGGUGAGGAGACUGAAGAGCAGGGACCAGAUCCCAAACACCAAGCACAAGACCAUCCUUUUCCACUGAGUGCAGUCCAAGGAUGAACCCAAGAGGAACCUUCUGGAUUUAAUGGGGGCUUGUCUGGCAAUGGCAGUCCGUGAAAUGUUGAGAAGACCUGAUCUUGGCAACGCAGAUUUGUCAUCACACUGCUCUCUGCAGUCUAGAUACCCCAAUGUAACAUUGUGGACGAGUGCUUGUUUGUCAACGGAGGGGAAAAAAGCAAGCCCUAAUUAUUUAUGGACCACAAGAGCCACCUUGGUGAAGGCAUACAUUUACAGACAGUCGUGGGGUUAUGGAAUUGCCAAAUUGCAAAACGGCACAGGGAUAUUAGUAUUCUGUAGAAUUGUACUUUCCUUUUUGUAUGCUACGUAAAUGGGACUUCACAUGUUUCCAUAAGAAAAGGUGUACUGAUAUCAAUGUUUUAGUACUGUAAUAUUCGUCAUGAAGCAUCAGAGUGACAAGCCAGUUUUCUACCUUUGUUUUUUAAUCAGUUCCUCACAUAACAUGGUUGUGUGUGACUGUUUUUGUAUGAUUUUACCACUAAAAUGUCAUUAAAGUUUUUGUUUGAAUUGA